UGCACUGCGCGUUUCGAGGCGCGGCCGGUAGUGACGCGGGCAGCGCGCUUCCUGUAUCUUAUUGAGGCGAUCCGGGUCCGGGCAGGGUGGUGGCCGCAGCCUCCUAUAUACCGUCCUCUCUUCGUUCGUUCUUACGGUAUAUAGAGCAGCUGCCGGUGUCACCGAGGCGGGAGUGUAGCCCAGCGGGUGGUCCUCGUAGCCUCCUCCGGCCUUUUCGGUGCCGCCCUUUUUUUUCUCUUUUUCUUUAUUUUCUUUCCCGCUACCGGGAACAUCGAGGCGGAGCAGCCAUGCAGGCCAUCAAGUGUGUGGUGGUGGGAGACGGAGCUGUUGGUAAAACUUGUUUGCUGAUCAGUUACACAACAAAUGCAUUCCCCGGAGAAUACAUCCCCACCGUGUUUGACAACUAUUCUGCCAACGUAAUGGUGGACGGAAAGCCAGUAAACUUGGGCUUAUGGGAUACUGCUGGACAAGAAGAUUACGAUAGAUUGCGUCCGCUAUCUUAUCCACAGACUGACGUAUUUCUAAUUUGCUUUUCUCUUGUGAGCCCGGCUUCCUUUGAAAAUGUCCGCGCUAAGUGGUACCCAGAAGUCCGACACCAUUGUCCUAACACUCCCAUUAUCCUCGUGGGCACAAAACUUGAUCUGAGAGACGAUAAAGACACAAUUGAGAAGCUGAAAGAGAAGAAGCUUACACCCAUUACCUAUCCUCAGGGACUUGCCAUGGCAAAAGAGAUCGGUGCAGUGAAAUACUUGGAGUGCUCAGCACUUACGCAGAGAGGACUGAAGACUGUGUUUGAUGAAGCAAUACGAGCAGUCCUGUGCCCACCCCCAGUGAAGAAGAGGAAGAGAAAAUGUCUGCUUUUGUAAUCCCAGCACUCCUCAUCCUACCCCAGUCCUAGACUCCAACAAUGCCAACUCCCCCACCCCCCCCCCCCAGCCCUAUUUGUAAUAA